AUGUGUCAUCAGAAGCUAACCAUCUCCUGGUUUGCUGUGGUUCUGCUGGCGUCUCCACUCAUGGCUAUAUGGGAGCUGGAGAAAAAUGUUUACGUUGUAGAGAUGGACUGGAGGAGCGGUGCGAAUGAAAGCGUGGUCCUCACCUGUGACACUUCUGAAGAGGAUGAUAUCACCUGGACCAAAGACCAGACGACUAAAGUAGAGCAAUCUGGAAAAACCGUGACCAUCGAAGUCAAAGACUUCAAUGAAGCUGGUCAAUAUACCUGCCACAAAGGAGACCAGACCCUCAGCCACUUCCGUCUGCUGCUCCACAAGAAGAAAAACGGAUAUUGGUCCAAUGAGAUCUUAAAGCAGGAUAAAAAUUCUGAAAACCAGACUUUCCUGAAAUGUGAGGCAGCAAAUUACUCCGGGCGUUUCACGUGCUCUUGGCUGGUGGAAAGGACUGACUUGAAGUUCAACAUCAAGAACAGCAGUAGUUCCCCUGACUCCAGAGCAGUGACAUGUGGAGCUGUGUCUCUGACUGCAGAGAAAGUCAAAGGGGAUGAAAAGGACGGUAAGCUUAAGCAGUACUCAGUAACGUGCCAGGAGGACACCACCUGCCCAACUGCCGAGGAGACCGUGCCCAUUGGCCUGGUGCUGGAGGCACAGGAGCAGAAUAAAUAUGAGAACUACAGUACCAGCUUCUUCACCAGGGACAUCAUCACACCGGACCCUCCCAAGAACCUAAAGGUGAAGCCUUUGAAGAACGAUAAGGUGGAGGUCAGCUGGGAGUACCCUGACUCCUGGAGCACCCCCCAUUCCUACUUCGCCCUCAAGUUCUGUGUUUGGACCGAGAGCAAUAAAGAAAAUAAGAUGAGGAACGCAAAUAGCAAUAAAGAAAAUAAGAUGAGGAACGCUUGUAUACAGAACGGUACAUGGCUAGUAGACACGACCUCCACCAAAGUCCGGUGCAAAGACGGAAGAGUCUGCGUGGAAGCUCAGGAUCGCUACUACAAUUCAUUGUAUAGCAAACAUGCGUGCGUGCCCUGCAAAUAG